GUUCUAGGGAAUUUCUUUUUCCUCUCUUUCACCUUUUUCUUUCUCUCUUCUUUUUCUUCUUCUUCUUUUUCCUUUCUUUCCCUUUCCUUUUUCUCUUUCUCUUACAAUAAUUUCUCAAAAAGGUAACUCUCUAUCAAUUCGAAUAAACUACGAUAUUAUUUCCGUAUUAAUGUAAUAAGAUAUUGUAUCAUCCCGUUAUUUCAAACAAUUGCAACAAUGUUGCUAACUAUGAAAAUAUCGAUGAACCAACUUAUGUGGCCAACUUCGUAUCAUUACUUCCUAGGAUACAUUUAUAUAAGAGGACAAUUUUUAAAAAGUUUCAAAGAAUCAUUCAUAGAUGGUGAUAAUGUUAUUAACUUCAUUGACGUGUCUUAAAGUGACAUCUGUUUUAUGUAUAACCUUAAAGUUUUUAAGUUGCUCAUUGUCAUUUGUAAUUCAUUUGGAAAACGAAAUUUAACUUUUCGUCUGUUUCUAAAAUUGAACAAAUUUAUUAGUGAUCGACGAUUGUUGUUAGAAGAUAAACCGAUGGCUACAGUAAAUAAUUAUUUUGGAAAACUUUAAGAAACAAAUUUGUAAAAUAGUAUAAAAAGAUUAGAGUAUUGUGCAUGAUGUGCAAUUGAUGAAAAUUAUGUGAAAAAAUAAAAACAAUUGAAAACUCCAAAUAGUUAAUAAAUACAAUGGAUAUUCGGGAAGAUCAGGAUGUAUCAAAAUAUCAUCAAAAAAGAACAUUAAAAUAUGCCAAUCAAGCAGAAAUACUUAGGUCUCAUCAAAGGGACAUGGAUUUUAUAUCAUUAUUACAAGAAAAGAUUUACAAUUUAUUACAUGGCUUUAAGAAUUAUAGAACCUUAUCUAAAUAUGUAAUCUCUGAUAUCCCAGCUAGAUUGAUAUAUUUUCUUUUCACGUCUGGAAUGGGCAAUCAAACUUUAGGCGAAGAAUAUACUGGGAUCGUACAAGCUAAUAUUAAAAAUUAUACCGUUCCAUCUUUAAAUGCAAGGAUUAUAAGUAUGAUUCUUGAAUAUUUUGGAGAAAGAAUGUUAUUAAAAGAAUUGGGCGUAUUACAAAGAUAUAUUAAUGAUCCUCGUAAUCAAUUAACAGAGCAGUCGGUUAAAUUGUUUAAUUUGAUUUUAACAAGAUUACAGUCAAUAAUACCUCUACUUGUAUUAAUUCAUAAAGGUUUCUUUUAUAUUUCUGGUAGAUAUUAUAGUUUAGGUAAAAGAUUAACUAAAAUAGAUUAUGCAAAGGUUUAUGGUAGUUCAUCAGUGGACAAAGUUAGCUGGGGUUUAAGGCUACUUGGUAUUAUAACUUUAAUGCAAACUGUAUUAAGAAUAUGGCAAAAUGAAUCGCAGCAAAAGGAUAACGAAGAACUUAUAAAAUUAGCGGAAACAGAUGUUCAUAAAAACUGUCAAUUGUGUACCGGAGCAAUAUCAACAACUGCAACUCCCUGUGGUCACACAUUUUGUUGGCCUUGCAUUAGUAACUGGUUGCGUAAUAAACCACAAUGUCCCUUUUGUAGAGAAAAUGUUCCACCCCAAAGAAUAGUAUAUUUAAUGAAUCUAUAAUACAAUAUAUAAAUUAUAUAAAUUUUUAUAAAAUAUUUUUGUUAUAAAAUUCGAAUUUUUGAUUUUUGCUUAUAAGUAAAUGACAUUGAAACAUUUUUUUUUAUGAUAAAGCUGUAUUGUGCAAUAUACUGAAUAUUAGUAAAAUUCGUUAAAAUGAGCUGAGAACUAGGUUUAUAUAAUUAUAUCAAAUAUAUCUACAAAUCCAUUAAACAAAG